AUGGUUUACAAUAUCACCGAAAAAGAGACCCAGGCUAAGACCUGGAACCACAUCAAUGGCACAGAGGCGGACAAGUUCGACCGCUUCUGCGUCUCGGAACUAUGCAAAGGCUGGCCGGUCUAUCGCGAUGCUUCUGAAUGGAACCAUUAUCGCGAUCUGUUCGUGAAAGAGGGGGCAUUUGUUUUCACAACGUGGAGUGGUGGGCUCACUAUCGACGAUUUCAUUACUGCUUCGGUCAAGGGACGCGCCAAUGGCGACUUUAUCAUGCACCGAGAGAAUGGAACACUCGUCGAUCUCAACCCAGCUACCGGUCGAGCUGUCGGUAAAAUGAAGGCAACCAUCACGCAGCGGUUCAACUGGGACGGAGUAGAGUUUGAUGUGGAGUGCGACUGCCGCUUCAUUAACUUUUGCGUCAAGGAAGGGGGCGACUGGAAGGUGGUCUAUAUCAAAUUGUUCUACGAGAAAGACCGCCUUGUCCCAGUUGAUGGCAAAAGUGUGCCCAAAUUUGAUCCCGCGGAAUUGGAGAAAUAUACCCCGGGAUACCAAUAUCUCUCGGUCGCACAGGCACACCUAGGUCAUCCGAUCCUCAACGAUUUACCAACGAUGAACAACGCAGCGUUCUAUCAGUUGUAUGAGGCAAUGGAUGCCUGGCUGGAAGCGCGACCAGCGGGUGAUUUGUUGGAGAUUCCGAAGAAUGCGUCGCCACGGUACUGA